AUGGCAGAGAAUGGCGAGGGCUCUUCGUUGAAUCCACAGCGAUCAUCGCCCAUACCAGCCUCAUCAUAUCGAUCGACUUCUCCUGGGCCAGAGAGCAGGCAAGCAUCUAUAGCUCGUUUGGCAUCGCCUGUGCCAUCGGCUUCUUUGGCUGCCUCGUUGGCCUCGCGACAAGGCCCGCCUGCGAGUCGACCUAUUAGCACCGUCGCGUCAAAUGUCGAUCGCAACCUUCAGGCUGUCGACAACAUGGCCUCCCUUCCUGGCCCUGGGCAAUCAAUGAUUGCCUCUCAGCUCCAGGCGAGCCUUGGUCGUUCGCCUCCUCGAUUUGGUACACCACCUCGAAUGACCGCGUCUCCGACCAUACCUCCCUCAUUUCAAAAUCGGCCAGUGGCCUCGCAGUACGGAUCCUUUGACACCAAUGCUGAGAACCCCCACGGCCCAGAUUCUGUUGUGGCGGGCGCUUAUGAGGACCCAGAAGUUGUGCGAAGACACUUGGUGCUUCCACAGAAUACUGCGGAGGGCCGAGAUACUGGUUCAGAGAUUGCAUCUAGCCACGGCGACGAGGAAUUUUCUAGCCUUCAGCUGCAGGGCGGUGAUAUCACUCGCCAGGUCUACCGUUGGGCUGAGGAUGCUGAUUCUUCCCGACGAGAUUUUCUGCGGAGGACAGCGGGAAGCCCGCAUCGGGGGAGUGUGCGAGGAUCGACAAAUGGACCCGCGCCUGCGCCGCCUCAGCUGCCAACCUCGAGCUUCUUGGAGUUUUUGACACUCUAUGGCCACUUUGCCGGAGAAGAAGUUGAGGAAGAUGACGAAGUCCUCGGGCCCGAUGAGUACUUCUCGUCAGAUGCAUGGGAUGAGCACGAGGAAGGCCGCGAGUCUGGUGAGGAUACAGCGCUUCUCAGAGGAGAAGGUGCUGGCCGCAAGAAGCGCAAGCACAAGCAGCGCGCUCCUCCUGGCAACACCACCACCACUGGUGCGGUCAUGCUGCUAAAUUCGCUCGUGCUUUUGGGUGUCUCUAUUCUCAGCUACUAUGCCUUCAUCCUCCUUGUCAAUUCGCGCAUGAAGAUCGAGGGCUCCUUUGGUGACAUUGGUGGAAUUCUAUAUGGCAAACACAUGAGACGCAUCAUCCUCAGCUCCAUUGUGCUGAGUCAGUUGGGCUUCGUGUCGGCUUACAUUGUCUUCGUGUCACAAAAUCUUCAAGCCUUUGUUUCCGCUGUGAGCAAAUGCGCGACCUUCAUCGACAUCAAGUACCUGGUGCUCUUGCAGCUCGUUAUCUUCUUGCCACUUUCCUUGAUCCGUGAUAUUGGCAAGUUGGGAUUUACAGCCUUGAUUGCGGACGCUUUCAUUCUUUUGGGGCUGCUGUAUAUCUACUACUACGACGCCCGCACUUUGAUCAGCAACGGUGGUGUCUCUGAUAUUCAAGCCUUCAACCCGGCUACCUGGUCAAUGUUCAUCGGUACAGCCAUUUUUACCUACGAAGGUGUUGGUCUGAUUAUUCCAAUUCAAGAGUCCAUGAAGCAGCCGGGUCGCUUCCCCGGUGUUCUGGCUGGAGUGAUGGUCAUCAUCACUUUGAUCUUUUUGUCUGCGGGUGCACUGAGCUACGCGGCCUACGGAUCUGCCACUAAGACCGUCAUUCUUCUCAAUCUGCCUCAGGAUGACAAGUUUGUCAACGUGGUUCAGCUCCUCUACUCGCUCGCCAUCUUGCUCAGCACUCCGUUGCAACUCUUCCCUGCGAUCCGUAUCUUAGAGAAUGAGCUAUUCACUCGGAGUGGCAAGUACAACCCAUACAUCAAGUGGAAGAAGAACGCCUUCCGUUUUCUCCUGGUCUUUGUCUGCGCCUUCGUUGCCUGGGGUGGUGCAGCUGAUCUGGACAAGUUCGUUGCCUGGUCGGCAGCUUUGCUUGUGUGCCGUUGA